ACAUCUCUCUCCACAACACAUACUUCUAUUAUAGUACAACAACCACAACCACGAUCGCAACAAAGAUCACGACUCCACCCUCCACCCUCCACCUUCAGAUCUAACCUCAUCCAAGCGCUAUCUACAACCCCUCACGCACCCCAAACAUGCCCGCCGUCCUCCCAUCCAACUACACCCUCCACUGGGGCUACCCCGCCGUCGAAUCCUACCUCCACCUCCGCCGCACCAAAGAACACCCGCAAUCACCAACGGCCCAACAAGCCGAAUCCGCCCUCCAGGGAAGCUGGUACGGCUGCUACAUCACCUACACGGCACCAGCUUCAGCUUCAGCUUCACCUACUACCCCCAAUAAUCCCACCACCAACCCAGAGACCCAAGAAACCGGAGAAGUGGUCGCAAUGGCCCGCCUCGUCAGCGACGGGAUCUACACCUUCCACCUGACGGACCUGCUCAUCGCAGCGGACCACAAGUACAAGAAGUUGGGGAACGUGAUCGUGGCGCAUCUCCGGGAGAGGAUCCGCGAGUAUGUGACCGGGUUGGGGAUGGGCGGGCAAGGCGAGGAUAAAGAGGAAGAGGCCGCCCUCCGAUGCACGGAGGUCACGAUGCUGGUGCAUGCGUGGCCGGAGGAGCACGAGAUCUAUUAUGCGGAGGGGUUUGUGGAGGCGUGGCCGCCGGCGAGGGGGAUGGUGCUGGACUGGAGGCAGAUUGAUGACUUUGAUUCUGUUGAAUGAUUUUGAUUCUGAUGAAUGAUUGCAGCAAAUGUUUGAGGGUGGGCUAGGACUCAUUGAAGGGUUAAUGUGGGCGACCCGGGCUUGGGUAUAUGUGAUCGAU